AUGUUCGAAGUCAUAUUCGAGGUCUAUCCCCGCUCGGAGAAUUGGGAGCUCUACCUCUCUACUGCGGGAGGAUUGCGGCCCCUGUUGGAGUCUCAGAAAGGGUUCAUCGAGAAUGUGCGGUACAAAAGCUUGACACGUCCUGGUUGGGUGCUCUCAUUAUCCGACUGGGACAAUGAGAAAGCGCUGAUUCGAUGGCGAACCCAAAUGAAGCACCACCAUGCUCAAAAAGCCGGGAGACAUGAGAUCCUGGAAGAUUAUCAUCUUCGUGUGGGUCAGGUCACUUCCGACACGAAGCUGCAGAGCUCAAGCGGUGUUCAGAAUUCCACGAAGCAAGAAAGAUUUGACGAAACCGAGGUAGGUGAGGCUAAAACUGUUAGCCUCAUAAACGCGACCUUUAAAACUCCUGAGGGCCAGGGCAGAAUUUCUGCCUAUGAGGUGGUAGAAGCACUAGGCAUCCACACGACGAGCUGCAAAGGUUUAGUGGCGUGGGAUGUCUUCGAAGCCAUCUUGACACCUGGAGACAUGUUGAUUCUUUGCUCUUGGAUUGAUGAGAAGACCGCCACCGAGUCCUUGCAGGGGGUUUCGGAUGGGCAGCGGAUGCGUCAAAUUCGUAUCAUUCGAGACUACGGCAUGUUCGAUCGAAGGGAAGCUCCCCAGUAUUACCCGGACGUCUCCGAGAAAUGA